AUGGUUUUGCUAAUUAAUAGGGAUAAGCAGCUUUCAGAAAGAUUGUUCUCUCGUGAUCUAUCUCUAACACGUAACUCAGUCACUCAUGACUCUCCUCAUAGUUCGGACUCGUUCUUGUGGGAUGUUGAUAUCGUUGAGAUCUUGAUUGAAACGGCUACUCCUCCUCCAGCACAGGCAACACCUCCUCCGCCACAUAGGAGGAGGCCGUCGAGUCCUCCGCCACAUAGGAGGCCGUCAAGUCCUCCGGUGUCUAGGACUUCUUCAGACACAUCCGAGGAAAAUUUGACUGAGUCGCCGCCGAAAUCUGAAGGAAGGAUCAUAUAUUACCACAUCGCUGACGAAGAAGGUCACGUGGAGGAUGAGUCAGCCGUUGGAUACGCUUUAACUUUCAAAGGAAACAGCGUGGAGCAGUUGACGCAGGCGUUGAGGGAAGAGACUAGCAUGGAGGAUGCUGUUGUGUGUACACGCAAUCCUUUAAACGGCAAGCUGUUUCCUCUUCGUUUGCAGCUUCCGCCAAAUAGCCGAACAAUGCAUGUCGUUCUGGUACCUUCAAAUACUUUUUAA